GCAUGACAACUGAAGAAAUAGACUUUAUUGUUCAUGAAGAAACAAUCAGACAGAAUGCCUAUCCCUCUCCUCUGGGUUAUGGAGGCUUUCCAAAAUCUGUCUGUACCUCUGUGAACAAUGUGGUAUGUCACGGUAUACCUGACAGUCGCCCUCUCCAAGAUGGAGAUAUCAUCAACAUCGAUGUCACUGUUUAUUUGAAUGGUUACCAUGGUGACACCUCUGAAACAUUCUUGGUUGGCAAUGUGGAUGAAGGUGGUCGGAACUUUGCCAGCAGAUGCCGGAACGAAGCGAUCACAGCCUGUGAGCUGGGAGCUCUGCUCUCUGUUAUUGGGAAUACAGUCAGCCAGAUAGCAUUGGCCAAUGGACUGCAAAUUUGCCCAUACUUUAUUGGUCAUGGGAUUGGAUCCUACUUUCAUGGUCAUCCUGAAAUAUGGCAUCACGCCAAUAACCAUGACAUUUUGAUGGAAGAGGGCAUGGCUUUCACAAUCAGUUAG